AUGGCUGUGGACCUCGCCGUCGCGCCCGUCCCUCUCAGUGACCUGGACCUCGCAGAAUUCGACCGCGUCACGGCAUUCAAGCACGACGUGCGGGUCAUGCUUGCGGAACAACCACCGUGGUCUCCAUCGACGGCCGCCAUAUCCGCGUGCGCAGCGACGGCGGGAGCCGGAGACCUCGAGCGCCUGGUCGACAGACCCUGCGGAGGCGAGGUGAGAAACGACAACGGUGUAGCCUCCCACAAGUUCGUUCGCCUCGUCGCCAAGCGCAUCAAGAUCAUCAAGCUUCCGACAAUCCUUUCCAUGGCAAUGGUUUGCAAGACCGCGUUAAGGAGCGUGAACGUAAUUGUCGCCAAGAGCAAGUUCCACAACGCCAAGAACAAGAAAACCAAGACGGCGACGCUCUACAACAAGAACGACAACACCGUAAGGAACAAGCCCUAG